AUGGCAACAGGCAAUAAUAACAAAGGUUACCUGUUCGGUCUCAUACCCGCUCCUUUGAACCAAGUACCAAAAGAAGCGUACGUUUGUACCCGCAUCCAUGAAAAACAUCCUUUCGGAAUCUUUAACUACGGAGAAGUCCCCACCGAAACAACGUUUGCCAUCGUGUUAUUAGAGCUCUCGGUCCUCCUUGUGAUCACGAAUGCCAUUCAUUUCCUUCUCAAGCCUUUCAAACAGCCCCGCGUUAUCUCUGAGAUUCUUGGUGGCAUAAUUAUGGGGCCAUCAUGCUUAUGCCGAAGUCCCACGUUUGCAGCUUGGAUGUUCCCGGGUCAAUCAGCAUUCGUGUUUAGAAACAUCGGCUCAUUUGCUCUAAUGUAUUUCUGUUUUGUAUCUGGGGUGAAGAUGGAUCUUUUAAUGAUAAAAAAAGCAACAAAAAAACAAUGGUAUAUUGCAUUAUUUGGCAUGGUUGUGCCAGUAGUAGCCACGACCGCGGUUGCAUUAGCUGUCAGAAACUCUUUAGAGCCCGAAAUGAAGAAAGCUUCUUCAAUUUGGGGAGUUAGUGCAUCUUUAGCUAUAACAUCAUUUCCUGUUCUCCACCCUAUUAUCCGAGAACUCAACCUUUUGAGCUCUGAUAUUGGACGAAUGGCAUUAAACACGGCUGUUAUUGGUGAUGUUGUAGGAAUUUAUGGAAUGGUUACGUUUGAGGCUGCUAAACAAGGUGAAGGCAGACCUUUAGCCGCAGUAGGAUAUGUAUUAUCUUUAAUAUUGGCCAUGAUUACAAUCUUUGGUGGAAACCGGAUGGUCAUGUUGUGGAUUGUUAAAGUUACUCCAGAAGGCAAACCGGUUGAGCAAUUUUACAUAGUUUUGAUUUUGGCAGCUGUUCUAGUGUGGGGAUUCAUGAGUGAUCUUCUUGGAAUAGCGCUAGCUAACGGUCCAAUGUGGUUCGGUCUGGCUGUUCCUGAUGGUCCACCUUUAGGAGCCACUGUGGUCCAGAAAUGUGAGUCAUUUAUAUCGGAUAUACUGAUGCCAUUUGCAUAUAUAAAUAUGGGUUUGAUGACGGAUAUAUUUUCCAUGAAGAAUGAGUGGGCAAAAUUGCAGCCAUUGCUUUAUAUAAUCAUGACCGGAUAUUUGAGUAAGUUCGUGUCAACGUUAAUCAUGACUCGGUUCUUCGAGAUGCCGUUAAAAGAAGGAGCCACCUUGAGUUUGAUCAUGAGCUUGAGAGGUCAAGUCGAGUUCUUGUUGUUUAUACAUUGGUUGGACUUUAGGAUGAUUGGAAUUCCACAGUUUACAAUGUUUGUGCUUUUUACAACGUUGUUGACGAGUAUAGCAACACCCAUGAUUGGCAUGUUUUAUAAUCCUAACCGCCCGUACAUGAUCAACAAACGAAGAAACAUUCAACACACUCCUCCCAACACGGAACUCAACAUACUCGUAUGUUUCAUAGACGAGGACACUGUUCCUGGGAUGAUCCACCUGUUGGAAGUUUCUAACCCAACUGUACAUAGUCCUUUUUCUGUUUGCGCGCUUCAUCUUGUGGAGCUUGUGGGCCGGGCUGCUCCCAUGUUUAUAGACCACGCCGAGGAAGAAAAUCGUGAUAAAAGUGACAUGGAUGAAACCGGGACGACACAUAAAUCCUUUGUGGGUAUCCAAGAAGCAUUGAGAGACAUGGUUAAGGUUUACUCGUUUACCUCGAUUGCACCAAAGAAAAGCAUGUUCCAAGAUGUUUGUGAGUUAGCUUUAAACAAAAAAUCCAAUUUGAUAAUAUUACCAUAUAAUACAUCUUCAUUGGGAACCUUGGCUGGGAGUGAAAUGGUUCAAAAUAAUAUCAAAUCAUUGAACAACACAGUACUCGACCAUGCACCAUGUUCCGUGGCAGUGCUUGUUGACAAAGGCGAAUUUAGGGGACAGAUCACUAACCCAAGAAUGUCUAUGGUCAAUAUGAAGUAUCAUUUUGCAAUGCUCUUUUUAGGAGGGGCCGAUGCAAGAGAAGCAUUGGCAUGUGCAGAUAGGAUGGCCUCAAAUCCUAAUUGUGAACUUACUGUGAUACGUUUUCUUGCUCUUAACGGUGAAGGAGAGAAUGAAAUGGAAAAGAAGCUUGAUGAUGGGCUGGUGACAGCGUUUUGGGUGAAAUAUGAAGCGAAUGAGCAGGUUGCAUACCGUGAGGUGGUAGUGAGAAACGGUGAAGAAACUGUGGCAGCUAUUCGAGCAAUGAAUAGCGAGUCUUAUGAUCUUUGGAUUGUGGGGAGAGCAUUAGGAAUUAAUCCAGUUUUGCUCGAGGGUCUGUCAAGUUGGAGUGAAUGUUUGGAGCUUGGUGUGAUAGGUGAUUACGUAUCAAUUGAUCUAGGGAGCUCAGCUUCCGUGUUGGUAGUUCAACAACAAAUAUUACGAGACAAAGAGAUCAUCAAUUCGGGCGGGUUGCAAGGCAGAAUCUCAAGAUACGUUAAUAAUUUGUUAUGAUUUUGAUUAUGUGUUGGACAAAAAGU